AUGAGCCGCAACCGCAGAGACUUGUCGGGUCUUUUGGGCUCUCACAGUACCAAUCUGAGUCAUAUGAAAGUUACAAUGGAAAUGUACCAAGAGCGUGCAUACCACAAGAACCCGAAAAACACAAUCAAUGGUUUCAAUCCCACCGGAACGGACAAGGGAGUCAAGACCCUGCUGCAGCUCGGCGCAGAAAAAGCUAUAGAAGCUUUUCACGGUCUGGGCGAUUACAACACAGUCCUCAACUUUGUUCGCAGGAUUGAAUCCAUGCAGAAAGAUUUUCUGUUUCUCACCCUCUUGGCUGAUCACCACCGUCUCCUAAUCAGCGAGCAAAAGUACACCACGUUGCUCAAGUAUUGCCCACCGGCUGAUCAAGAUCUGUACAACUCAGAACGGCGCAACCUGGCCUAUCACCAUGAAAUUUGCUUUGAACUUGAUCGGCAGGCUGGGGGGGACUUCGUUGACGGCAACCAUCGUCCACCAAAUACCGAGUAUUUCAGUCAGAUAUGGGCAUACGACCCUAAUGCGUCAACAAUGGCCAAAAAAGACGAUAGUUUCAUUGAAUGGACAACACGGGAUCUCGUCUCACCUGCACCACAAGAGAGGCGAUUGGAACUGGGCUCUUACGGGACAUAUUUUGAAACGAGAACUGGUAGUAUCGCUGUCAGGCAUGGUCCUUCAUUGGUCAUGGGGCACACGUCGCUCUUUUCCCAGUUUAUUUCUUCGCAGCUGUUGCUUUACCGUCUGACUUGCCUUUUUGGACAACCACCCUCCAACGAAGUAUCGGAAGGAGGGCUCUGGGAUGCAACUCUGGUCUAUAAGCGCCGUUCCAUUUUCCUCACUUUUGGAGAGGAUUUGUCCGGGGAACCAUACAUACGGUUCUAUGGAUCUGAAGAAGCAAGUGUCGAGGCUCUCAAAUUGAUCAAUCACCUGGUGAGUAAUUUGAUCACAAAUGAGUUUGCCAGGUCGCUGUGUGGUGGAAACAGUCAAAACUCUCGCUGGAUGGUUGAAAUGCUCUCGGACCACCCGAGGUCCUGA